UCCGGGGUAGCAGCAGGCGUUAGGGAGUGUGGACGAGGUAGAUCGCUGUGCCUGGAGCGGCGGGGAAAGAUGAUUUCAGAAGGUGGUUCGUUUUUACGGGGCCUGUUAAUAGGAGGUGCAUUUUGUCUAGUGGUAACUCUUCUUGGACACAUAAAGUUGGGCCAUGAAGGUGCCACCCCCCAUGAGCACCAUCACAUCCAGGCACCUAAGAAGGAGGAAGUUUCCAAGCUUUCAGAGGCAGAACAAAUAGAGUUGAGUCAGAGCAUGCGGGUCUACUGCAUUAUCCUUGUCAAGCCAAAAGACCUGAGCUUUUGGGCUGCUGUCAGAACCACAUGGAGCAAGCACUGUGACCAGGCUGACUACUACAGCUCCGAACAGGUUAAAGUCUUUGAGUCCAUCAACAUUGAGAGCAGCGACAUGUGGACUAUGAUGCGGAAAGCUAUCCAAAUGGCACAUGAGAAACAUAAACUUGCGUAUAACUGGUUUUUCAUCGCUCAACCCUCCACUUUUGCCAUCAUUGAAAAUCUAAAGUAUUUUCUGUUGAAGAAGGACCCUUUAGAACCUUUCUACAUUGGGCAUACUGAGAAAGAUGGAGAUUUAGACUAUGUUGAUUUAGCCGGUGGCAUUGUGCUCAGUAUUGGGUCAGUGAAUCGUCUUAUCAGUGUCAUGAAUGAACCAGAUAAGUGUCCAGAAACAGGUGGUAUAAUAUGGAAGGUCUCCGGAGAUAAGCAAUUGGCCAUGUGCCUAAAGUACAAAGGAGUGGUUGCGGAAAACGCAGAAGACUCCGAGGGGAAGAAUGUCUUCAACACCAAAUCUGUUGGGACCUUGAUUAAAGAAGCCAUGGCGAAUGAUCCUCAAAAAGUGGUUGAAGGCUGUUGCUCAGACAUGGCGAUCACGUUCAAUGGACUCUCUCCAAACCACAUGCAGGUUAUGAUGUACGGCGUGUAUAGGCUACGGGCUUAUGGGCACAGCUUUAAUGAUGCGCUGGUGUUCUCGCCACCCCCAAACUCUGAUAACGACUGAGGUGUCACAAGUCUUCUCUACAGUAAUGUGUGUUGACCUCUACAGACCAGGACCUUGGAAGAAACAAAUUGCUCGUAUGGUGGCUAUAUUUAUUUCUGUGAAGGAGACCAUGACUGGGAGGUAGAACCGGAUCCGUGUACAUGUGUAAUUUAGUUUUUCUGUACAGUAUAGAAACUUCAGUCAGGACUUCCAGAUACUUCUUUUAUGGCAACUGAUUUUACACGGUGAUAACUUUUGCACUCAAAUUCUAUUUUUCUACUUCUCAGAGAACUGGGCUGAUACUUUCUGCUUCUUCUUGUACAAUUCUUCAGGGUGCUCCCUAUGGGAGAGUGUAAAUGAUCUGACUUCUGUCUGUCACCUACAUCAUGACGGGUGAUGUUGCCAAAUGACAUUCCCUGACUACCACGCGCCUCCAACUCCAUUACCUCAUCCACUUAAAGCUACUUGUGAACCAUCUCUAGUAUUUUUAGAAGAUGUCUCAGUACCUCAGGUGUUUUCCCAGUAAGACAACUUGUCUACUAUCCACAGGCUGAUCAUGAGAACUGCUGCCCGUUCUCCCUGUUUGAACGGAGUGUCAGACACUCAUCUCCAUUCAACUCUUUGGGACUGCUAGAGAUGGCUGAGUAGAUGUACCCAUCUAUCUCCGGUAGCCCCAUAGAGCUGAAUGGGGAUGUCAGGGCGUAUGCGUGACCGCCACUCCAUUGAAAUAGGAGAGCACAGGCCCCCAUUCUUGUGAUUGGCAGGGUCCCAGCGAUCAGAGCCCGACGAUCGUAUGCUCUACCCUGUGGAUACCAGAUAAGUUGUCUUAAUGGGACAACCCCUUUUUUAUAAGAAUCCACCCCGAGUCCACCUCCUGUAGGAUGCAUGGUGGAUAUGUUAUAUGGGGGAGGGCAUUAUGGCAAUGUCUUUUAUUUUUUAUUUUUUUAUGCUGCACCAUGGUCUUUUGCUGCUGGCAGCUUUCCAGGCAGAACUGGAUUCCUCUGGUUCUGAAGCUCCUUUUCUUAGAGCUCUACAUUGUAUUGUCCCUCUGUUAUUACUCCUGAAAAUGUAAAAAAAAUUGACAACUAGGUGUCACAAUUUAGUUUAAGAAGGGAUGUGCCUACUAAGUCUGAUACUGGAACUGGAGGAGAUGCUUCAGGAGAAUGGCAAUACAUAGGCCGGGUUCACAUUCUUCUGAUCCAUCAUACAGGCUUUUUUCUUUUUUUUUCUGUUCUUCUGACGGAUCAGAACGAUGGAAAAAUAAAUGAUGUUGACCCGGCCUUAGUUGUUAACCUAUUUGUAGAUUUCCAGGAGGAACAGUACAUUGCAGGGUUCUUAGAAUACAACACUUCUGAGUUUAUUAUAUGUCGGGAGAGGUGAGGGAUCCUCUAUCGGUGAGAGCUUUUAUAUUAAAGAGGUCCCCCAGGAUAAAUGAAUUCUGCUAACAUCUGCGGCAGAUACUUUCCAAGCUGAGAUCAUUGUACUGCAGUAGUUUGCUCACGCUGUAUGGUAAUGGCCGAUCUGUAUGCAUUGAACUCUAUGUACACAGUGCAUUUGAUUGUGUGCAAAGCCACCGCUCUCAAGAUCUCUGCCGGAAAGAAAACAAAUUUUUAGUAAUAUGAUGAAUUUAAGGGAGUCUGUCAAAAAUGUUGAUGAUU